UCCACACUUUGCUAUGGGAAGGCUGCCCGUUCAGCUACACAGCGCUUGCUGAUUGGGAGGCAGGCUGCGCGCUGACCACGACUGCUGGUCAGGAAACCGCCUUGGAGACUGAGAAGCUGUCAGGGGAGCUUUAGUGACAUCACGGAAAAGCCCUGUUGUGAUCUGAUCUGCUUAAUAUAAACCAGAGGAGAGAUCAGAAAGAAUUAGAGCCAGAACGACAGCACCAUCAGGGAGGAUUACGUAUAAAUCAGCAGCUGCCCCCCAGACUUCGGCAACAAGAAGUAACCCAGAACGGCAGAGUGCACUGUAGAAAUACUGCAAGUGCUCGGUGUGGAGUGAAUCAUGACUUUAAACGACACCAGGCGGCGCAGUAGCUCGUCGCUGACGCCAGCGCCUGUGCAGCAGCGCUGGAGCAUUCCAGCAGACGGCAAGCAGCUGUGGAGAGGGAGCACCCAUGUGGUGCGAUCGAAAUCCUGCCUGAACCCUGGAGAACCCUGCAGGGGGAGCUGGUCCUCUGAGUCCUCCGACUCGGUCACCUCCACUGAUUCCGGCAACAACCUGUACAGGGUGGUCUUAAUCGGAGAAACAGGAGUCGGAAAGUCCACAUUGACAAGUAUAUUUGCUGGAUUGCAAAACAAUCUGGAGAACUGGGGCAUUUUAGGGGAAGACACUUAUGAGCGAACAAUCACCGUAGAUGGAGAGGGAGCUACCCUUAUUGUGAUGGACACGUGGGAAAAUAAGGAUGAAGAUAACUGGAAACAGGAUCACUGUAUGCUGAUAGGCGAUGCAUAUCUCAUUGUCUACUCCAUCACUGACAGAGCAAGCUUUGAGAAAGCUUCUGAGCUUCGCAUCCAGCUCCGGAGAACACGACAGGCUGAGGAUAUUCCAAUUAUAUUAGUCGGGAAUAAAUGUGAUCUUGUGCGAUGUCGAGAAGUUUCUGUGGCAGAGGGCAGAUCUUGUGCUGUUGUUUUUGACUGCAAGUUCAUCGAGACCUCUGCUGCAGUCCAGCACAAUGUGCAAGAGCUCUUUGAAGGAAUUGUGCGACAGGUACGGCUCAGGAGAGACAGUAAAGAAGUAAAUGAACGAAGAAUGGCACGGUACAAAAGAAGAGAGAGCUUCCCUAGGAAGGCCCGACGCUUUUUGGAUAGAAUAGUUGCAAAGAACAAUAAAAAAAUGGCUUAUAAAGUGAGAUCAAAAUCUUGUCAUGAUCUUUCUGUACUAUAAAAUGUAUAGAUAGACAUGAUUAAAAUAGUGACUGUUAAUUGUUGACCUAUUAUUGUGAGGGAUAAAAAACUGAAAAUGCUGGAAAUACUGGCAGUAUGUAUGGAUAGAGAUAUACUUCAGAUUGAUGUCCUUUCAUUAAAACUUCCUGCAUUUGGAUUAUUGGAAGGUUAUGGAUUAAUCAAUCUAUAUUAGAUGACAACGUAUUGGAAUCAGUACAUUUACAAUAUGUUUGAAUUAAUAAUGACACAACUUCCCGUGUUGGUGAAUUUCCUCUAUUUUCUGUCAGUAAGGCUUCUCCAAUAUAACAUGCUAUUGGACCUUAGUUACAUGUUCCAAAAGAAAUUGUGGCAGGGAAGUCUUAAACUGCAGGCAUUUCUACUGUUGAAAAGAAUGUUCAAUCUUCUGAUGAAUGUCUGCUUUUUAAAAAAAAAGAGGGAAAGUUAAUGGUAAGAUUAAGUAGAGGUUGAUUGUGCUUGUUCUAUUCCAUACUGCGCACUAUUGUUGUUACCCAAAGGUCACAAUUGUGUUCUGACAUGACUUUCUAUUGUCGCAGAUGGUGGAACAUGACAACUGCAGUUCCACUACAUAACCAUAUUUAUCACAUUAAAUUAAUAUUUUCUUCCACUAAGUGAAGAAAUGUUGAGGCAGUGUUUGAUUACUGUUAGAAUGACAAAGCGCUUUACCAGACAUAUCAAAAAUAGACGUAUCAUUUGGUGUGGUUGUGUAAAUAUCCUCCAAAUGAAUUGUGUUGAGUUUUUAACCAAAAAAAACCCUGUUGGACAAUGAUUUGCCAUUGCUAGAAGAUUGAUAAUUUCCAUCAAUUGUCCCACUGAAGAAAGUAGAAAAGAAAUAUGUUUCAAGAUCUGAUAUCAUUGGACUGUAUCAGCCAUUAGGAAUCACGAGGGAAACAUUUAGCAGUUUCUGUCUCCUUCCUUGACAAAACAAAUGUUUUACUGCUCAAACUAUCUUCAGUAGUUUACGUGGUAUAGCUGGGAAGAGAGAAGGGAUGAAUCCUUGUAUUUGGCACUUUUAUAGCUCAAAAUGCUGUGCCCUGAUCAUAUUAGCUACCAGAAUGGAUGAAAAGAGCAUGAGAUCUAAAAUUGAAUCACCAACUUCAUGUUAUUGGAAAUAUUCAACAAACUUAAAAAUUUUGUAUCUUUGUUCCAGAGCCUGAAAGCUAUUAUUCAUUUUUGAUUUGUUUUAGAUUUUGUAAUGUUCCAUCCUUUUUACUGUCACUAUCAAGAGCAUGCUGUAUUUAAAAUGCCAUUGUUUAUAAGAACAAACAAGAUGAACAAACUAAUGUCUUUCUGAACUGCAUUAUAUCCUUUUUAAAUAAGUUUAGUUUUUACUACAUUGUAUGUAGCCUUCUAUAUUUUUCCAAAUAAGAUGUGUAUUUAUUAUGAACAAUCCAAUCAGACAUCUUUUAUAAUGAAAUGUUGACAAUAUUUUGUAUUUAUUUUGUAAGUUUCUACUUAUCAUAUUCUACUUUUAAGCAAAACAAUGUACUUUAUUAAUUUUACUACAAAAUACUUCCAUUACCUUCAAAGUAUUACUUAGUGUAAAGUAUGCUGGUUUGUACUUUGAACAACCUAUGCGCUAUUGUGAAUGAAGAUCUAUUGAAACUGUAAGAAUCUAAUCAUUAGAGUUAAUAACCUUGUUUCUCACAUUAAAACUAUUUCUAUAUGUCCAGACAAACUAAAUUUCAAAAUUGCUCCAAAUUGGUUGCAGAGAACCUUUUGCUCAUGAAGUAAAUGUAUUAUUUUUCUUUUUGCUCAUUAAUCAACAAUUCCAUCUUUUUGUUAAUACAAUAUUAGCUCUUAUGGAUUCUUGACAUUAAAUGUUGUAGAACUGUUUAACUUAUUUUCAAGGAUGUGCAAUUUACUCACAAGUACAAGCCGUAAAAAGCACCUUGAUAUGAGGUUCUGCAGCCUAUGUCCCGUUUUGAUAGAAAAGCUCUUAUCUAUUUCUUUUCCUGCUCUGAUUGAACCUGUCUCAGAGGAAUUGACUAUUUCAGUCAGUCUACUCUUUGAUGUUUGGCUAAAUAUGCUGUAAAUGUGAGAUGAAUGUGAGUAUUUCUGAUUGGCUGGGAAUGAGAUAGAAGCUCGUCUCAGCUAGCGAAUAAAAGGGCUGAUUAAUGAUUCAGGUUAUUGAGACAAUCACUAACCAAUGCAUUCAUGAAUAAAUGACUUGCGUGAAUGGCAAAUAAUUUUUGGAUUAUUGAUGAUUUCCUUAACUAUGUCAUAAGUCAAUAACUUAUAGAGUACAUGCACGGAGGACUACCGUAGAAUACCUACACUGUGGAAGCAGGCCAUUCAGCCCAUUGAGUCCACACCGACCCUCUGAAAAGCAUCCCACCCUGAUCCACCCUAUCCCUGUAACUGCACAUUUCCCAUGGCUAAUCUACCUAGCCCGCACAUCUCUGGACAGUAUGGGUAAUUUAGCAUAGCCAGUUCACCUAACGUGCAACUUUGGACAGUGGGAGGAAACCGGAGCACCCAAGGGAAAUCCACACAGACACAGGGACUUUGUGCAAACUUCACACAGUUCCCCAAUGCUGGAAUUAAGACCAGAUCCCUGGCUUUGUGAGCCAUCAUGCUGUCCUAAAUGAACAGUGACUUCCUCAUUGAUAUUCAAAAACCUGGUUACCACUUUGAGAAACAAAGGGAGAAAACUAUAUUAGUCGUAUCAAAGAAAUCUCACGCAACUUAAUGUGGCAGAAAAAUAAUGCAUGGAGAAUCAAGGAAUGUGUUCAGAAAAACAAUGCAAUGAUCAAUUCCUUUUAGAAACCCUUAGGAAAUCAAACAGAAGUUAUUUUGAUCCUGUUGAAAGUUUCUUUAAGUUUGUUAUUUUAUUUUGCAGUAAUCCUCCUGCAUGAUGUUUUAAUAAAGAGAGUGAGAUAUGAAUGUGACUGAAUGAGAACCAUAAUCCGGUCUUGAAAUCAGUCCUUUAUUACUUAGUUGUGUUUUGAAAUUGCCACUUGUAACUGAACAAAAUUAAAUUGUUUCAGUAUUAUUUCCUCGGUUUCAAGAUCUUCAUUCAAUUUGGUUUAUUUCAAUUUCAUACUUUGUAUCUACAACAAUGGGGAAGUAAUGUGGCUCCAUAUUUGUACUGGAACAUUCUUGCUUUACAUCAUCAUCGAAGUAUACCAUUCAUAUAACAACUUACAGAUAUUUAAUAAAUUUUUU